AGUUAACUAAAUUUUCCCUAAAAAAUAAUAAUUUGAAAACUAAAAUGGCAAAAGAAAAAUAACUCUUGGGCCAACAAAAGACUUGGAUCCAAUUAGGAAGUUUGGCUUGGGCCAUGAAAGAAAACAAAACUGUCAAUCCCGCCAACUAUAACUACUUUUCAAAUUUGUCCAUACAAAAAGCUAAACGAGCACUACAACAUUUUAACAGACAUUCAAAAUCUUGAUUAUCAUACUUCAUACUUUUCCAUUUAUGUUUGCGCCUAAUAUAUCUGCUUCUCUCCUUUCAUUCUCACAUCCUCAAUUCUCAACUGCUAUAUUCCAAUCCCUUUUCUCUUCCUUACAGAUUAAACGCUCAGUCUCCAGUAUCAAACAAAUCCAUGCCCAAUUCAUCAUCUCUGGCUUCACAGGCCAUGCAUCUCUCCUGGGUCACCUUCUUUCGCUCCUCGCUCUAUCCCCGGAAAACCAGUUUCAUUAUUCUUACUCAGUUUACCAAUCAAUCAAGAACCCAAGUGUUUUUGCCUCUAAUAACAUGAUUCGAUGCUUUUCCAAGAGUGAAUUGCCUCUGGAAUCAGUUGUUUUUUAUUCCUCAAUGUUGAGAAGAUUUAUAAGACCUAAUAAUUAUAGUUUUACUUUUCUUUUUCAAGGUUGUGGGAAGGGGUUGGGGUUCAUUGAAGGGGUUCAGAUUCAUUGUCAUGUCAUAAAGUUUGGGUUUUGUGAGGAUGUCUAUGUGAGGAAUGCUUUGAUUCAUUUCUUUUUUGCUUGUUGUAGAGUUGAGUGUUCAAAACAGGUGUUUGAAGAGAACCCACGUCGCUGUGAUAUUGUUACUUGGAAUGCUAUGUUGGCGGGUUUUGCUAGAGAUGGACAAGUUGCUGUUGUGGAGAAGAUGUUUGAUGAAAUGUAUGAAAGAGAUGUUAUUUCAUGGAAUACGAUGAUUAUGGCUUAUGUGCAUAAUGGGAAGCUUGAAGAAGGAUUAGAGUGCUUCAGAAGGAUGAGAGAGAGUGAGUUAAUUCCAGAUGAGGCCACAUUUGUAACGGUGCUCUCUGCGUCAGCUCAAUUGGGUUUGCUUGAACAUGGUCGUUUGGUUCGUUCAAUUAUAGAUGCAUUGAAUGUCACAAUGACAUCUGCACUUGGAACAGCACUUCUUGACAUGUAUGCAAAAUGUGGGUGCAUUGAGCAGUGCAGGCUCUUGUUUGAUAAAUUGCCUCAAAGAGAUAUUUCGACAUGGAAUGUCAUGAUCUGUGGCUUGGCAUCACAUGGCCUGGGAAAGGAAGCUAUUUCACUAUUUGAGAGGUUCUUAAGUAAAGGACUCCGUCCAGUAAAUAUAACCUUCAUUGGUGUUUUGAAUGCUUGUAGUCGUUCUGGUUUAGUAAAGGAGGGCAGGCAUUAUUUUCAGUUGAUGACAGAUUAUUAUAGCAUUGAGCCAGAAAUGGAGCAUUUUGGCUGCAUGGUUGAUCUCUUAGGUAGAUCUGGUUUAGUCUAUGAGGCUAUUAAAAUAAUCGAGACCAGAGUUGUCUCACCAGACCCAGUAUUGUGGGCAACACUUCUUUGCGCUUGUAGGAUUCAUGGAUUAGUUGAAUUGGGUGAAAACAUUGGAAAAAGAUUGAUAGAAUUGGAUCCAAACUAUGAUGGACAUUAUGUACAAUUAGCUAGUAUUUAUGCCAAGUCUAGGAAAUGGGAAGAAGUAGCAAGAGUAAGAAGAUUGAUGACUGAAAGAAACGCUAGUAAGAUUGCAGGUUGGAGCUUGAUUGAAGCCCAGGGGAGAGUCCAUCGGUUUGUUGCAGGGGACAGAGAACAUGAGUGUUCACUAGAAAUACACAAAAUGCUUGAAGCAAUAGAAACCCGUGUAGCCGAAGCUGGCUAUGUUCCCAACAUUUCAUCAGUUUUACAUGACAUUGGGGAGGAAGAGAAAGCAAAUGCAAUCAAAGUGCACAGUGAGAGAUUGGCAAUUGCUUUCGGUUUUUUAGUAAUGGGAGCUGGGGAUAGCAUCCGAAUCAUAAAAAAUCUGAGGGUUUGUCAAGAUUGUCAUGAGGUGAGCAAGAUGAUAUCUAAAGUCUUUCACAGGGAUAUUAUUGUGCGAGAUGUGAGCAGAUUUCAUCAUUUUAAGGAGGGAACAUGUUCAUGUCUUGAUUAUUGGUAGAUUAGACAUGUACGUUCUGUCUGUAGAAUUUGUUUCUUUGCUGGAAAACUUGGCACAUAGUUAUAAAGAAGAACAAAUCCAUAUUCUUUUCCA